AUGGUCCAGGGCCAGGCGAGCAACAUGGAGGAGCAGCAUCAAGUCCAGCACAGCUUCUUCAAGAAGGUGGACGUCCCAGACCAUGUCCACUACAUCGUGGCCUUCUUCGUGUGUAUCAUUGGAACACUGGGGGUGACUGGGAACGCAUUGGUCAUGUUCGCUUUCUGGAGUAAUAAGAAACUGCGCAAUCUGCCCAACUACUUCAUCAUGAACCAGGCGGUGAGCGACUUCCUCAUGGCUUUCACACAGUCGCCCAUCUUCUUCAUUAACUGUCUCUAUAAAGAGUGGAUUUUUGGCGAGUAUGGAUGUAAAAUGUAUGCCUUCUGUGGGGCUCUCUUUGGCAUCACCUCCAUGAUCAACCUGUUGGCUAUCUCCAUUGACCGCUACCUGGUCAUCACCCAGCCCCUCAAGGCCCUCGGUCGGUCGUCAAGGCGUCGGACCACCCUGGCAAUACUAAUGGUGUGGCUUUACUCUUUUGCCUGGAGUUUUGCCCCACUCAUUGGCUGGAGCUCCUAUAUCCCAGAGGGCCUCAUGACUUCCUGCACUUGGGAUUAUGUCACAUACACGUACGCCAACCAGAGCUACACCAUGAUGUUGUGUUGUUUUACCUUCUUCAUCCCACUGGGAGUCAUCUUCUACUGCUACCUCUUCAUGUUCCUGGCUAUCCGCACUGCCAGCAGGGAAGUGGAGAACUUGGGGACACAGGUGAGGAAAUGUACACUGAUCCAACAGAAGAGCAUCAGGAAUGAGUGGAAGCUGGCCAAAAUUGCCUUUGUGGUCAUUGUUGUGUAUGUGCUGUCCUGGUCGCCGUAUGCAACCGUCACCAUGAUCUCCUGGGCAGGACACGCCAACAUUCUGUCACCCUACUCCAAAGCCGUGCCUGCAGUUAUAGCAAAAGCCUCUACCAUCUACAACCCUUUUAUUUAUGCCAUUAUACACACAAAGUACAGGGCCACAUUGGCAGAGAAGGUACCUUGUUUGAGAUGUCUGUCACCGAGAAAGGACAAAAAGGACUUCAACAGCGAGUCAUCCUUCCGAGAUUCCACUAUCAGCAGGCAGUCGUCCGUCUCAAGGACCCAUUUCUGCGCCACAUCCUCCAUCUCCUCCAGUAUGGUGUUUGGGGAUGUGGUGCUGGAUCCUCCAGAGCGUAACAACUCCUCCUUCAGAAGAACCUCGUCCUUUAAAAUGCCCAAAGACAAAUGUUGCAAGACCAAGAUUAUUUGUGCUGCAGAGAAGCCCAGCCACGCACUGAAGGAGUCUAUGAGCGCCAGUGAACACGAGGUAGUGUCUGGCUCCGUCUGCAUGGCAGCCGCCCCCCUGCUGCUCUUAUCGAAGAGGAGCCAGAGUGUCCAGCUAACCAACGGAGGAGAGACGACAGAGAGCGAAAGCGGCAGCAGGCGCAGGAGCACCUUGGACUCCCCUAGUUUACGAGCCCAGCCUUCUCACAUCUCCAGUAUCCCACAAAUCAUCAUCAGCCCAACGUCGGAGAGCAGCUUAAUAUCAGAUGACAACUUGUCCUUAGUGGAGAAGCAGGGAGCCAUGACGAGUCACGAGGAGGGAGAACUGCUGGUGGGCCUGCGGAGCUGUUCUUCAGAGCUACUGGAGUCAGUGGAAAGAUUCCUCUCCUGA